CGAGAGAGAGCAAGUGUAAAAAUGGCGGACACCGGAGAAAAACUGAGCAAAAAAUCAUGAGAGGGUACACAACAAGCUGAUUUUGCCUUUCUUCUAGAUCUCCACCAAUCAUUCUAAAUGUUUCAGAGGGCCGUCCAAGUUGGAAGGGUGGGAUGUAGGCUCUUAAGGGGACCCCACUCCACACAACUCUUUCCUAAAUGUAUGAAUGCAAGCCUCACCAGGACAGUAUCGUCUCAAACUGAUAAUCCGAGCGAGCUGAAGAGGAGGGAGAAAGCUGUCAAGAAGGCCAAAGAGAAGGAGGAGAAGGCGCAGGCUCUAGCUGAAAAGCAAGCUCCAGCUGGGCAGACCUCUAAGAAGAAGGCAGAAGAUGAGGAAACCCUUGACCCAAGAGAGUACUUCAAGAUCCGUUCCCAGGCUGUGGAAGCUCUGAAGGCAGCAGGGGAUCACCCGUACCCUCACAAGUACCAUGUCACCAUCUCCCUCACUGACUUCUUAGAGAAAUAUGACUACCUUAAAGCAGAGGAUAUUGCAGAGGAAGUUCUCUCUCUCUCGGGGCGUGUCCAUGCCAAGAGGGCGUCGGGAGCCAAGCUCAUCUUCUACGACCUCAGAGGGGAAGGGGUCAAACUGCAGGUCAUGUCAAAUGCAAGGUACUUUGCCUCAGAGGACGAGUUUACCAGAUUAAAUGAGAAGAUUAGGAGAGGUGAUAUCAUCGGUGUGAAAGGGAGACCAGGGAGGACAAAGAAGGGAGAGUUGAGUAUACUUCCAUCAGAGAUCACUCUGCUCUCACCGUGCCUUCAUAUGCUUCCUCAUUUGCAUUAUGGCGUCACCAACAAGGAAACUCGCUUCAGACAGAGAUAUCUGGACCUGAUCAUGAAUGACUAUGUCAGAGACAAGUUCAUAACCCGCUCAAAGAUUGUUUCCUACCUCCGUCGAUUCUUUGAUGAACUUGGUUUCCUAGAGGUGGAGACACCGAUGAUGAACAUGAUAGCUGGUGGAGCUACAGCCAAGCCCUUCAUAACCCAUCACAAUGAUCUCAACAUGGAUCUCUUUAUGAGAGUUGCACCAGAACUAUACCUCAAGAUGCUUGUAGUGGGUGGUCUGCAGAGAGUGUAUGAGAUUGGAAGGCAGUUCCGUAACGAGGGCAUCGACCUUACCCAUAAUCCCGAGUUCACAACACUGGAGUUUUACAUGGCCUAUGCAGACUACAAUGACCUCAUGGAUAUUGCAGAAAGAUUACUGUCAGGUAUGGUCAAGUUUGUGACUGGGUCUACCAAGGUGACCUAUCACCCCGAUGGCCCAGAGGGAGAACCCAUGGAGAUUGACUUCACCCCUCCCUUCAGAAGAAUAUCAAUGAUAAAUGAGCUUCAGAAAGUACUGAAAGUGCAGUUCCCCCCUCUGGAAAACUUUGGCAGUGAUGAGACCAACAAGUUCCUAGAUGACCUAUGUCGCAAGCAUGAGGUUGAAUGCACGUCUCCAAGGACUACAGCCAGGCUGCUGGAUAAGCUGGUUGGAGAGUAUAUAGAAACCCAGUGCAUCAGUCCAACCUUCAUCAUGGAUCACCCUGAAAUCAUGAGCCCUCUAUCCAAAUGGCAUAGAUCCAUCCCUGGACUCACUGAACGCUUUGAGCUAUUUGUUGCCCGUAAAGAGAUCUGCAACGCCUACACAGAGUUGAAUGAUCCCAUGGUCCAGAGGGAAAGAUUCGCCACCCAAGCCAAGGACCAUGCAGCAGGAGACGAUGAGGCCCAGCUGAUUGAUGAAAACUUCUGUACAGCUCUGGAGUAUGGCUUGCCUCCUACUGGUGGGUUCGGUCUAGGUAUCGACCGUCUUGCCAUGUUCCUUACCGACUCAAACAACAUCAAGGAAGUUUUGUUUUUCCCUGCAAUGAAGCCAGACGAUGGCAGAGCUGUCGAUGGGCAACCUGAAGAGGGCGCUACAGAAACUCUGAUCAAGUCAAGUUAAAGACUGACAAACCCAGUCUAGACUUUAUACCCUAGAUUUGACUAUUCCUGUUUUUCACCUAAAAUGAUAAAAGCUUAAAUGUCUUCUGUAUUUAAGAUUGGUAAUAGAUAUAAUGCAUUUACUUUUAGAAUAGGGGUACUGUAUGUCAUAAUAAUGCUUAUACUUUAUUAUUUGUGUAAAACCUAGUUGUAACCCAAAACUUCACAAAUAAAUAUAAAUAGUAAAUGACAGCAAUCAUUAUGCCAAGAAACUUUUGUGAAUCACAAAAUCACAGAAGAAUGUCAGUUGCGAUAUGAGUUAUUCUGUAGCGUGAUGCUGAAGCAUAUUUUACCCUUUGGCAAAAUUUGAGAAAACCUUUCUUCAUUCCUUUCUUUACUUUGUGUGUAGGGUAUGUAUUUCAUCACAACAAAGACUAAAUGAUGAAAUUAAUCCCCUGUUUCAAGGUAGAAUGAGAGAAAUAUGCUGAUAUUCAAAAUGCCAAUCAAACAUCAGGGCCUUCAGAUUUUUAUUAUGGAAUAUGAAGAUAUAUCACUUAUGCUUUCCUUUAUACAGACCUAGUACAACCGUUUGGAAGAUUUUAGGAAGAUGAAAACAGUUUAAGAGAGAAAAAGACGAGCUUAAAAUGCAAAAUACCAACAUGGCAUACAAAAAGGAUACUGAAUAUCAAAUUUGAAUUUUCUCAAUGUGUUCUGAAAAGAAACCACUUUUGUUUAUAUUCCAUGAAAUUAUGUUUAAAUCAAACCUUAAAUUAUGUUUUCAUCUUCUGAUAGAGUGACCGUCGGUUUAUAAUGAAGUACAUGUAACUUGUAUUCUGUAAUGUUAAAAAUAGAAUGGUUUAUUCAUACAUGUUGUAAAACUGAAUCAUUUUGCCUUUUGCUAAAAUACUGGGUAUUCAAGAACUUUUGUUCAAUCUUGUGGUAGACAUGAUUAAAGAUGAAUAAUAUUGAAUAUCUUUUUGUCUUGAAGGCAUUUUAAAAACAAUCAUGUGGGCUUGUAAAAAUGCUUUGGAUAACUUUGAGUCAUUUUAAUAAUUAUGUCAACAUACUUUUUAUAGCCUUGGAAAGGUAUCCUCCUAUAUGUAUAACAUUCUGGUCAAUGUAAUUGUAUCACCAGACACUA